AUGGCCCUACUCUUGUUAGAGGACUGGUGCAAGGGGGUGAAUAUUGACCCCAGGAACUGUCUCCUGGUAACGGGGGUGCUGGAGGCAGUUGAUGAGGGCUCAGUAGAACCUAUCUUAAGGUCAUCCACUGAGUACCUGCGUAAGUGUAAAAUGCGUGGGCGCAUGUUUGUGAGGGAGGAGGGGGCUUUUGCUGUACUGUGUGAGCUGCCCUCGGCUGUGGACCCUCUACAGGUUCCAGGCAGGAUAGCAGUGGAAGAUGGUGAGUGAAAGGUAAUAACCACUGGGAGCCAGCCCUCACCAGCCCCUACCCCUGAUGUAGAGUUUUUAAAGAAAAUGUCGGCCUUUUUGGGGAAAGAGGGAAAAACUUUGGCUGAUAUGGCGGGUCUAUUGGGCCUUAAGCCGGAAGCCCCACAACAGGAGCCUGCUCCUUCACCUGAUGAGUGGAUGAAAGCUUUGGGGCAUGUAUUAGAGAAAGUUAUGCCACCUCACCCUGAGUCAAGCUCCUAUCGUAAACUGAGAUUGUUUUCUGGGGGUCCCACCCCAAUACCUGGGGAGGAAGCAUUUGAGCCCUGGUUGGAGCACACCACUGAGAUGCUGCAGGAGUGGGCAGUGCCGGAUGCUGAAAAGAGAAGGCGACUAGUGGAGUGUCUCAGGGGGCCAGCCCUAGAUAUGAUUCGCACCCUAAAGCUCAGUAACCCUGGGGUCAAGAUGAAGGACUGCCUGGACGCCCUGGAUCACGCCUUUGGGAGAACUGAGGGUUCAGAGGAUGCUUAUUGCAAGUUCCUCAAUGCGAGGCAACAAAAGGGAGAGAAGGUUUCUGCCUAUAUCCAGAGGUUGGAGAAAUUAUUACAGAGAGCCAUCAUGAGGGGAGCAGUAGCAGUCGAGCAAAUGGACCGGACUAGAUUGGCUCAGAUUGUGAGAGGAAUUCAGUAUCAGAACCCAAUCCUUCUCCACCUUUGA